AUGCCGGCAACAGUGCCGCCGGUCAAUGACGACCGCGACAAGAAGGCGCCCGCGGAUCCGGUGGACAGUGACCGGGAUGCGGAGGGGGAGGAGGAAACCGACCUGUAUCAGAUGGAAAUGGACCAGCAGCUCCAGGAUGCUGUGCACCGUGCUCUUUUGGGUGACCCGGUCGAAAACGCUGCGGCAACCGACUCCGGAGACGAUCAGGAUGCGGAAGGAGAACCAGACCCCGAGAUAGAUGUGAAUGGUGCUCUGCUUGAUGCUGACCCAGUUGGCGCCGUGAAAAUCCCCAAGCAAGCCCCUGCGGUGGACGAUGACGAUGCGGUUUCUGGUCCAGCAGAUGCAGACGCAGACGCAGAUGAAGAACCGGGGUCGGAGAAUCACAGCGACAGCGAACAAGACCAAGAUGCAUCGAGUUCGUCGCCAGGCAGCAGCCAGGAAUCGGAUGACGAGUGGGAAGGCGAAAGCAAUGACCACGAGGAUGCGGAGGCGGAGAACACGGUCCGCGGCAACUGCAUAUUCUGUGGGCAGGACGAAGACAAUGACCCGAGUGAUGAGUAUGAGGAGUAUUUGACCUGCGGAGUCUGUGGCGAUCACUCUCAUCGGCAAUGCGCCCGGGAACAGAGUGCAUUGGACGAUGCAGAAGAACCGAUUUUAUGGCGAUGUCCAACCUGUGUCCAAGAGAAGCUGAGACCUAGCCCCAACGAGAGGGCAGCGGUUCCAAGGAAGAAUCGAGCUAAGAACAUGCGCAAGGAACUACUGCCUGCCCAUACGGGCGAAGAAGGCUCUGAUUUCCAUUCCAUCUUCAAUACAGUGACGGUCAACGAUGACCUCUUAAAUAGCAAGCGGUCGCUGCGGAAAAGGAAGGACGGUUCAGUGUCAGCAGAGGCUGACGAGCAUGCGCCUGUCCUCCGUAAAAGGCCACGGCAGGCCUCACUGCGUUCUGACCGGGCAAUAUCGCGGGAAGGGCUAGAGGUGGUCGAUGGGAUGUCACCUGUUCGAACACGUUCUCGGCGCACGCGCAAGAGCGAGCAGGACAACUGUCGCGUGGUGCUGAAGCAGUAUGGACGUCUCGUAAUGGCGUUCCGUCUCGAUGAGUCCCGACUUUCCAGAAUCUUCAACUCUCGCAGCGGAUCCCAAACGCGAAGCCAUCGGACUCCCAAGCCACCGCCCGUCGUCGCUGAGCCUCAGGCUCAUUUCGCCCCUAUCACUCCUGCCUCCUACUACACCCCUUUCUAUUCUUUCAACGACCGCGAGAUGGACGAGUCCAAGUCCAAACCUUACGGUGGUAUUCUUUCCGAAGUCGAUGCGGAUACCUCAAAAACGCUACCGACAAACCUAGACCGCGACAAAUUCGAGAUCGCCCGCCACAGAGCAGAGGAGGAAUGGCAAAAAAGAGUCAGGGAAACCGAAACCAGCGGUGAGACCGUACAGCAUGCGUCACAAAAAGUUUCAGGGCCUCCAUCCAGGAUCAAGUACAUCAAUUUUGGUGGCUAUGAGAUCGAGACCUGGUAUGCUGCUCCCUACCCGGAGGAGUAUAGCCGUAACCGCGUCCUUUACAUCUGUGAAUUCUGCUUAAAGUACAUGAACUCCGACUACGUCGCGUGGCGACACAAGCUCAAAUGCCCGGCAAAGCAUCCUCCUGGCGAUGAAAUCUACAGGGAAGGAUCAAUUUCGAUAUUCGAAGUGGAUGGGAGGAAGAACCCCGUGUACUGCCAGAAUUUGUGCCUUCUCGCCAAGCUGUUUCUGGGUUCCAAGACUCUUUACUACGAUGUAGAGCCUUUCCUCUUUUAUGUCAUGACUGAGUACGACGAUCUGGGCUGCCAUUUCGUUGGUUACUUUAGCAAGGAAAAACGCCCAAGCUCAGCUAACAAUGUCUCGUGCAUCUUGACGCUACCUAUUCACCAACGAAAAGGUUAUGGGAACUUACUCAUCGACUUCUCAUAUCUGCUCACUCGGAUUGAGGGGAAGACAGGGUCGCCAGAAAAGCCGUUAUCGGAUAUGGGGUUAGUUUCCUAUCGGAACUACUGGCGUCUCAUUCUUUCCUACCAAUUACGAAAUCAAAAGACCCCUCUCAGCAUCGCGGAAAUCUCGGAGCGCACGGGUAUGACAGCGGACGAUAUCGUGUCAGGCUUGGAAGCAUUGCGUGCCCUCGUGAGAGACCCUGUGACCAAAACUUAUGCUUUGCGCCUCGAUUACAAAUACUUUGAAGAGUGCAUUGGAAGCUGGGAGAGCAAGGGAUAUGUUCAACUCAACCCGGACGCGCUCGUCUGGACACCAUACAUAAUGGGCCGAAGCAACCAAUCGCAGUUCGAUCGAGCUCCAUUGCAUGCUGUGGCGCCUCGCGAAGGAUUGGAAGAUGAAGAAAGUGAGGACGUGAAGGAUUCAGGGAACGAGGAAGAGCAGCCACUGUCAGCCGAUGCCGAUUUGCCGAAAGAAGAUAGCACAGAUCCCUCGGUUGUGAAUGGGAUUGUUGACACCGAAGCCAAGCAAAUCCCGCCUGAGCCGGCUGGACCUCCUUCCACAGAAGCACUGAUUGCCAACAACUGCUUCCGUCAUUCUGCUACCACGCCUGCAGACUCCAGCACUCCGGCUGAAGCCAAUCCUGCCGAUGGCAUCCCUGCUUGGAGAUUUGAAAUCUGGCCUCCUGUCCAGGCACCAUCCUAUAAACGGCGCCCUGGCCGACCGUGGGGAAGUCGGACACACCCAAAGAUGGCCUUGACCCCGACUACCGUUCGAACUAGUGGUCGGAACACCCCUCGCAGAUCAUCGGUGCUGGCAUCCAUGACUCCUAGUGCGAAUCAGAUCAGUGUCCGCCGCGGCCGGAGCGCCAAACUUAUGGAGUCUCCUGCUGCUGAUUCUGGCAGUCUGGAGCCGAACGGCACUGAAAACGAACAAGGCAAAGACAUCGAGAACAUGACAGGCGGCCACCUGGAAGAUUUGUCACCCACAGCCAUGCCCUUGGAUACUGAAGACCAACUGAACCACACUGCUGACGAGGAUGUAACGCCUACCUUAAACGGUGGCCGAGAGUCCGAGAAUGGUGCGGACAACGACAACGGUGGUGAUCCCAUGACCGAAGCCCCUGUGACAGUCAAUGGUAAAAGCACUGAAAAGAGAACCAAGGUCUCCAAGUCGGUGAAUCGGAAAACGGUGGUUGAGCAGCUUGAAAUGGUCAUUCCGGCCGAUGACGAGCGUGUCAAACUCCAUGAGAACGGCAUACCAGAGCAAGCAGUCAGCAAUAGAACUGAUGCGGACGGUGAUGUUGUGAUGGAGACCUGA